AGAUAACAGUUUCAAUUUCCCCACACCACGCUCGUUUUCUGAUAUUUAAACGCGCGCUCCCCACCACAGCCCCACAGUCGCGAUCUAGUGUUGCGAAGUUGAGUUCAAAAUGAGUGCCGCCAAGUGGGAAAAUGACGAGGAAAUCAAAAUAUUCCGCGAAUAUCUUCGCAUACCAACGGUGCAUCCAAAUGUGGAUUACACCGGCUGUGUGGAAUUUUUGAAACGCCAGGCUGCCGGACUGAGCCUGCCCGUGGAUGUCGUAUAUCCCGUGAACGAGAAGAAUCCCGUGGUAAUCAUUAAGUGGGAGGGCAGCCAGCCGGAGUUGCCUUCGAUCAUCCUGAACUCGCACACGGAUGUGGUGCCCGUCUUCCCAGAGAAGUGGACCCACGAACCUUUUAGCGCCGAUCUUGAUUCUGAGGGACGCAUCUUCGCACGAGGCUCCCAGGACAUGAAGUGCGUUGGCACCCAGUACCUCGGUGCCAUUCGCGCCCUUAAGGCCAGCGGUUAUAAGCCCAAGCGAACAGUUUAUCUCACCUAUGUGCCGGAUGAGGAGGUCGGCGGUCAUUUGGGCAUGCGAGAGCUGGUCAAAGGCGACUACUUUAGGAAUCUGAACGUGGGCUUUAGCUUUGACGAGGGCAUCUCCAGCGAAGAUGAGACCUACGCUCUCUACUAUGCGGAGCGUACACUCUGGCAUCUGAGAUUUAAGAUCAGUGGCACUGCUGGACAUGGAUCGCUUCUGCUGCCGAACACCGCUGGCGAGAAACUUAACUAUGUGGUGAACAAGUUGAUGGAGUUCCGCAAAUCCCAGCUCAAACGGCUGGCUGAAGACAAAUCCCUUGAGAUUGGGGAUGUGACCACUGUUAAUCUGACCCAGCUCAGGGGAGGCGUCCAAAGCAACGUUGUACCGCCGCUGCUGGAGGCGGUGUUUGACAUUCGUAUUGCCAUCACUGUGGACAUCCCUGCCCUGGAGAAGCAGAUUCGCGACUGGUGCGAGGAGGCCGGUGGCGGCAUUGAGCUGGAGUUUGAGAUGAAGAACCCCUUUGUGGAGCCCACGAAGAUAGAUGCCUCAAAUCCCUUCUGGGUGGCUUUUAAGCAGACCCUUGACGAUCUUGGCCUCAAAACCCGGGUUCGAGUCUUCCCAGGUGCCACCGACAGUCGCUAUGUUCGCUAUGCUGGAAUCCCUGCCCUCGGCUUCUCGCCCAUCAACAACACUCCGUUGCUUCUGCACGAUCACGAUGAAUUCCUGCGAGCGGAUACCUAUCUGCAUGGCAUUGAGGUGUACAAGAAACUUAUUCCCGCUGUGGCCGAUUCCUAGAGGACGGAGGAUGAUGUCCUAAAGAACAUUUUAAAGCAUUUAAAAAUUGAAAUUAUGCAUUUUUGUUUUGCCAGCAAUGCGUCUGUGAAACACUACUUUUUAAUCUGUGGUCUGAAUGGUUUUGUAUGUUAAUAAAUAUAAAGGAAAUACUC